UCUGGAAUCCGCCACCAACGCUCAAUGUCGACCGAAGCAUCCCCGCCACCACGUUCGCCUUCUCCCCCGUCACAGACAUUUCACCCUUCCAUUUUGCCUCACUCCGUCCCCACUCCUGCUCUCGUCGAAUCAGUUGCCGGAGCCGCUCACUAUUCCGGUGUUAGAGUAGAUUCCGACACUCAGUUGAAGCACCAUAGGACAAAUAGCUGCCAUCAGUCUCCAGCAGAACUGAAUAUCGAUCAUCGCCAUGUCUUAGACGAUUUGAAGGAGCUCUUCUGUUGCCGGCCAACCCGAGAGAUAUUCGAUAGGUCAUGGAAUAGAGAUGCAGUCUAUGAGGAUCCUCUUUCAAAGUGCUAUGGCUACGCGGAAUACGCUGCUCAGUGGUUUGCUUUGGCAAAACUCUGUUCGCAAUCAGAAACUCUCUCAUCUCGCGUAAUGUCAUCAACCUCCAUACCCAAUCGCAUCGUCUAUCACCAAGUUCAGGAAUACACAUUGCGCUUUUUGAAUCGAAAGAAGGUUUGUUCCGUCAAAUUUCGAAGACAUGCCUUACUAAUCGUGGUAAAGACGAUCGAAUCCGUUGUGGUAGUGGACCUGGACGAAAAUAACAAGAUAACUUAUCUUGUUGAUCAGUGGGGGGGCAAUGAAAUGCCUUCCUGGUUUGGAGCCUCGUUUUUGCGAGCCGUUAAUGCCAAGACUGCCCCUUGGCUGUUCCACGUCCCGAAACUUUCAACCUAAUAACCAAACGUCCAAUCGCACAUGCACGCGAUAACUGUAUAUUAUUAUGCCCUGCAUGCUCACGAUUAUGGUGUUACGAUUCUACUCUGACUAUGUAUUCCCGUAAUGACCUGACCUUACUGUAAAUUGUAAAUAUAUUAUUUUAGCUUGCCCCGCUC